GCUGCCGCUGGUCCAGGGCAGCCAAGCCUUGCCUAGUGGCGCUGGAGCGUCUCCAACACCCGGGUGGGGCCUGGAGGGAGCGCCCAGUCAGUCACCCCGGCAUGUGGGCGCGGCGGGGCGGGCCAGGGCUGCGAGCUGGACGCUGAGUGUCCUUCUGCGCCCAAGUGUUUGUCCAGCUAGCCCGCGCGGCUGUCUGCCUUUCCUUCCUUCUCUUUCCGGACAGCUGCUGAAGGCAAUCUGGAGGUAGCAGGGGCUUGAGCCUCCUUGCUCGCUCGGCGGGUUCUGAGCAGGCUUGUCCACCAUCACUGACCAGCAUUUGCAAGACGAACCGCUCCUGAGUUCCCGCACGAGGAGGAGCUAUUUCUGGGGUGUUCAGAUCUCUUGGAGGUGCCCAAGUGCCAGCCUGCUGGAAGCAAACUUGCAAGUCAUUUCCAGGAACAUCUGCUGCAGGUGGAGAAGUUCUUGUGACCAGCAGAGAUGCUGAGACAGAUACUGGCAGAUAUGUUCAUAGACCCUGACCUGCUGGCAGAGCUCAGCGAAGAGCAGAAACAGAUCUUGUUCUACAAGAUGAGAGAGGAACAGAUCCGACGAUGGAAAGAAAGAGAAGCGGCCAUGGAAAGAAAGGAGUCCCUGCCAGUGAAAUCCAGACCAAAGAAAGAGAAUGGCAAGUCUGUUCAUUGGAAGCUGGGCGCCGAUAAGAAGGUGUGGGUUUGGGUGAUGGGCGAGCACCAUCUCGACAAACCCUAUGACGUGCUGUGUGAUGAGAUCCUUGCUGAGAGAGCGCGGCUGAGAGCAGCGCAGGACUCGGAGCUCAGGAAAGCUCCGUCUGUGGAAUCCCCCAACAGCUUGAAAAUAAAGUCACAGCACUGUGAGCUGCAAGCACUAAAGAAACCGGAGCCGCAGAACGUCACCAGGAAAGCAGCCGAAGAGGAGGCAUCAGGGCAGGGACCCAGAACAAUGCCAACCAAGAGUGAAGACAGAGCCCAAACUAAAGAACUCAUAAGGAAAAAAGAAGAUGAAGAACUAAAACAAACAGAGGAUGAGAAAACCAAGCAGAUAUAUAAGAACUGGAAAGAAGAUUCGGAAUGGCAGGCAUCUUUGCGAAAAUCCAAGGCCGCUGAUGAGAAGAGACGCUCCUUAGCUAAGCAGGCACGGGAAGACUACAAGAGGUUAUCGCAAAGGGGACGGAGCAGCGAUGGGCGGCAGAGCCCUCUGACUGCGCCACAGAAGCCCAGAAGACCGCCCCUGCCCCCAAAGCCCCAGUUCUUACACCCGCCAGGAAACCCUCCGAAGUCUUUAGGGAAUCAGGGAGUGAUAAGGACAGAGUCCAGCUCCGCCCAGAAGGACAUCAUUCGAUGGUUCAAAGAGGAGCAGCUGCCAUUCCGUGCAGGCUACCAGAAGAACUCAGACACCAUUGCUCCCUGGUUCCAUGGGAUCCUCACACUAAAGAAAGCAAACGAACUUCUGAGCACAGGCGUGCCAGGCAGUUUUCUGAUCCGAGUCAGUGAGAAGAUCAAGGGCUAUGCCCUGUCCUACCUGUCUGAGGAAGGCUGCAAACAUUUCCUCAUAGAUGCGUCUGCGGACUCUUACAGCUUCCUGGGUGUGGACCAGCUGCAGCAUGCCACACUGGCGGAUCUGGUGGAAUAUCACAAGGAGGAGCCCAUAACCUCCCUGGGGAAGGAACUCCUACUAUACCCCUGUGGUCAACAGGACAAGCCACCCGACUACCUGGAGCUCUUUGAGUGAGAACUGUCAUCCAGAUCAACCUCCAGCCUCCAGCUGGACUCUCCUCUGGACAGACACCUCUGAGAUGGACAUUUGUGUGUGAUGCCAAAAUCACCGCGUAACAGAGCCAACACUGAACAAUGUCUGUGGGUCUUAACUGAAACCUCUCCUCUGCAUAAAUGUUUGAGUUCAAUUCAAGGGAAUAUAACCUCUCCCUCAUCUUCAUUCUGAAAGGGAAAGGGCAAAGGUACCCAUGUCAUCAGCAACAUACUCAUAGGCUGUUACUAUGUUGAAGGAUAUGACCAUACUGACGUAUAUAAGAUAAAAAAAUAAGGGUAAACUGAAAUCUUUUUUAGCAAUUAAGGUGUUACUUUUUAAAAUGAGUGAACUGUUGUGUGAUCUACACACUCCCUUUUUGUUACUCACUCACAGGUCUCAGUCUUCUGCACCUAUGAACUUUCAACUUGGCUUCAGAAUGCUAGAAAAAAAAAUGUCCUCACUGAGGGCUGAGAUAAUGUCCAAAAGACUACCCUUUCUGUGUGUGUUGGAGCCAGGAUAUAUGAGACAGAAAAAAAGCAAGAGCCAGGUGCAAAUUGAAAGAAGUUUUAACACUUGGGAUGAGAGACUUCCCAUGUACCAGAAGCCCACACGGUGAGAGCAAGGAACCUAGGAAUCUUAGACUUUGUUUCCUCAUCCUGCUCUGCCUCACUCACCUCCAUCUGUGAGUAAAUACAUAGGAUGCUGUGCGUGGCCAUGUGAGGAUUGGUGUCUUCAUGAUUCAAACAGCAGAACAGAGUAAGUGGGUAGUUUGUACACCAUCUGUUGAAGGUUGGAUAUGAAUUGUGUCCCACGCCAAAAGUACAUGUGUCCUGACUUCCCUGUGCACAAAUGUGAACUGAUAUGGAAAUAGGGUCUUUGCAGACAAGAUAAGUAAUGUGGGCCGCCCUGAAUCUAAUGACUGGCAUUCAUAACAGGGAGAAAGAUUUAGAAAUAGAGAAAGAGAAGGAUGAAGUCUAAGGGACCACAGAGAGGAAAGGGAUGCAGCUGGCAGUGGAGGGGGGAAGGGUGGUGGUGCCAGGAAUUGUGAAAGACAACAGGAUGCAGGGCCAGAUUCCCCCUGGAACUCUAGCAGAAGGCAUGGCCUUAUUCAUACUUGUUUGCACCUUUAUUUCGGCCUUCUCGCCUAUGGUAACUUUUUACAUCGGUCUCAGAAAACUAAUGCAAUAGUUUAUGUCACCAUGUGUCCUGCACAAGUUUCAUAGAUUUGUUUCUUGCUACACAGUGUGUACCCUCAUGAUAAAAUAAAAGGAUAUGGGAAUAACAUCCCAAGUCAUGAUGCCUAGCCCUCAGACUGAGAUCUAUUCCGCAUCAUUCUUAAAUCAAAAUCUCUAGCCAUCCUCAACCCAGCAUCAAUCACUGAGCAUUACUGAGGUGGGGCCAACUUCUGGACAGUGACCAGGAGGCCGUGAGUCAUUCAGUGUUAAGUUUGCUGGAUGGAAAAACUUUGCCCACAGCCAAGCCUAUGUAUGAUAGCUUUCUUUUAACCAAAGCAGGGUGAAGGCACAGUUUCUUUGUGUGCCUUUGUGCCAUAGACCAAUGGACUGAAGGAGAGGCUAGAGUACCCUCCAAUGAGAAAACUUUGACAUUCAGAUUACAGUCAACUGUUUCUUGAAAUAUUCCACGUGGUUUAUGUUGUUAAAUUUUUAUAUGAAUCUACCUUCUAGCUUUGUUUCCAUGACUCAGCAGUCAUGACAUUGAUGAGAAUCUCUGUUCCAUUCCCUUCCCUUCCCACUGUUUUCUCAGUUGUCUUCACUGGCCACUUUCCCUGUCUGCAUUAGUGACUUUUCUUGUUGCAGUGGCAAUAGUAACCAACAGAAGCAGCUUAUGGAAGGAAUGGCUUAUUCUGGUUCGCAGUGUGAGGGCACAGUGCAUGAUGGGGAAGCCGUAACGGCAGGAGCCUGGGGCAGCUGGUCACAUAGAACCCACAUUUAGGAAGUGGAGAGAGAGGAAUGAUGAACGACAGCUCUCUCCUUUUUAUUCAGUCUGCUAUCCCAGCCCAUGGGAUGGUACAGCCCAUGUCCAGUGUAGGCCUUCCUUCCUUGGCUAAGCCUUUCUGGAAAUACUUUCAUGAGCACAUCCAGAGGUGUGUUUCCAUAGUGACCCUAAAUUCAAUCAAACUGAAAAGAUCACACAUCACACUACCCACUCCUCAGCUUUAUUGCAUAGGAACAGUCUUUUAACUGAGUGACCUUUAUUUUCCCUCCUGCUCUGAAAUCAUAAGGAUCUGUGCUUUGUUGCUCACUGGAAUAAGUAGAAAGCAUCCUUCAGUCACUGAUAAUUUUGCAGACAUUUGAGAUCCCAGCACCAUCCUUUGCCUAAAAUUAUAUUGUAGGAAAUAAGUAUGGCUGUAUCCAAAUAUACAUGUUAAGUGGCUUAAAGAAGAUUAAGAAACAACUUAAUUCAGUUAACCUAAUGCAUGACCAGGAGGAGUAGAUUUGAGUUCUGUACUGUUUUAUCUUAUGGGUUGUUAUCAACACUUACAGGAAUAAACUGUCUAGUGUUUGGUGAUACAUGGCCAGGAGGAAUAUUUGAGAUUCUGAGGGCAGAAAAUGGUUUACAGAAUUGGGAGUUUCAUCUAAAUGGGCUGAGGAAGGAUGACUAUUCAUCCUCAUUGUCCUGGCUGUCUAGUAGUAGGUAUGGCCUGAGGGAGAGUCCAGCUCUGGCCCUGGUCUCCUCUCUGUGUUGUCAAUACUUCCAGAUUCCCUCCCUUCUUGCUCAAGAUUUCUUGGUUCAGGAAUGUUGCCUUUAGGUUGUUGUACAAGUUUCUGAUCCCAGAGGCUUAGGCCAUGACACUUGCGUCUUCACUUGCGUCUUUAGCUACAGCCAAGUUCCAGCCCCUGCCCCACACUGAUUCUUCUUUCCAUUGGUAAGAUUCUGAAAACUGCCUGCUACAGUCAUCUAAGACUUUCUGGCUUUUAUGUUAUCAUGACAAAGCCAGGUGAAGAAUGUGUUAGCUUAAAGCUUACCUAGGCUAAGGAAGAACACAGGAAGAAUCAAGACCAAGAAAGACCAAAGAGACAGAACAUGAACAGGACCCCCAAAAUAUCUCAGGGCAUCUAUAACCAGAAUUUUCUGUUUGAGAUAAGGCUUUGCUGUUAGUCAUUCUUUAGUCAUUGUUCUAGUCUACUUUCUAGUGCUGCAGUAAACACCAUGACCAAAGGCAACUUGGGGAGAAAAAGGUUUACCUCCCAAUCAUAGUCAGUUGCUGAAAGACAUCGAGACAGGAACUGAAGCCAAGGAGAGUGAGCAGUGGUACUUACUGGCUUCUUCUGAGGCUCACAUUCAGCUCUCUUUCUUAUACCUCCCAGAAUCACCUGCCCAGACAUGGUGAGUCAGGCUCUCCCAUAUCAAUCACCAAUUAAGAAAAUGCCCUGAAGCCAAUCAAAUGAAAGUAUCUUCUUAAAUGAGUUUCCUUCUUUUCUGAUGACCCUAGCUUGUGUCAAGUUAACAAAAACAAAAAACAAAAAAACCAAAACUCAAAAACCAAAACCAAAAAAACAUCACUACCAACAACAACAAAACUGAACAGUACAAACAUGACCGGCUUUGAGGUGAAAAGAAAACCUUUGUGGCCUAAAUGUUUGCAAUGUCUACUUUCUACGAAGGUCUUCUUAGGGCACUAAUCUAGGCAUGUUUGUGACCCACACGCAUAUGUAGCUUGGGGUUUUCAGUAUUUUAAGUACAGAAUACACUAAAAAUAUUUAUAGAAUGAUGGGUAUAUAUGCUUGGGACUUCUUUGCUUCAGUUUUUGUUGAGAACAUGGUACAUGAUUUUAUUUCAAGGUGCAUUACACUUGUCUUUCUCAGAACGUAGCGUCCCCCCAUUAUAAUUGAAGCUCUUCCACAAUUAUGUCUUUAAUAUUUUUGUUUAAAUUGUACUUUCCUCCUCUUUUGGAAUAGCUAUAAGCCACACUCAUAGUUUGGGGAAAAGUUUUAAGGGACAAGGGAAGCUUGUGAAGUGUUGAGGCUGUAAUAAUGAUCCGUACAUAAUACUAGCUAGUCAACCUAAAGAGAAAUGGACUGGCUAACAUGGAUUUUAAGUGGCAUGGGAAGGGAGAAAUAUUUUUCUAGUGAUUUUGACAAAGGUUUCUCUUUCCUUGCCUUCUAUUUUCCCAGUCUUCUUGUGUGUUCAUCCCUCCUUUCUGCUGUGUGUUAGGAGAGAGCUGGUCAUCUCUGACUUUGCAGAGGGAGAAACUGGAUUUCCCAUCAUGUUAAUUCUACGCUCCGCUCUGGGCACUCCUCAGCAACAAGUUUGUCUGCAGGAUGCUGAGUAACCGGUCUAUCUUUGCAGAGGCUUAUUUCUGUUGCUCGAAAUUAAAAACCAUCAAGGGGCUUACAUGAUAAGAUUCCUUUCCCUUUAACAUAUGAUGAAAUAUAUUCGAUUGGAUAAUGAAGUAGCUUGACAUCACAGAAAGAAAUCCCAGCAGGCUUGGGGUUGUGUCCGGCCUAUGUCCUCAGUUAGCCACGGGGAACAUAGGAACAAAAAUUUUACUAAAGCUGCAUGAGCUCUUACUUCUAAGAUGAGUUACUGAAGCCACCUGGGUUCUGCAGAUUAGAAAAGAGUUAUGAAGUGCCCAGCACAGUGAAAGCUCUUUAAGGGUAACCACUGUGAGCUUUCCUUUAUUAACCCAGCUUAUAUAACCAAUGGGCCGUGCCUCCUAAUGGCCACUUGCCUGGAGUUUGGGGAAAAGUUUUAAGGGACAAGGGAAGCUUGUGAAGUGUUGAGGCUGUAAUAAUGAUCCAUACAUAAUACUAGCUAGUCAACCUAAAGAGAAAUGGACUGGCUAACAUGGAUUUUAAGUGGCAUGGGAAGGGAGAAAUAUUUUUCUAGUGAUUUUGACAAUGGCAAGGUUAACAGUAGCCACUGACAGUUGUCAAAUUGUCUCAGUGGCCUAGAUAUUCCUAACCACGACCCCCUCCAAGUUAACACCUCCUUUUUGAGGAGACUUAUGAAUUUGGAGCAUACUUGCCUGCCUCCCUGCUAAGUCAGGUCUGCACCCUCUGCUAAUGGAGCAGACUAGGCCCAUUGCUCAAGUCCAUCCAAGUGUGCUGAGUUCUCCUCAGCUGAAAAGUUAUUCCACUUCAUAGACUUCCUAUCAAGUCAAAAUUCCAGUAACCCCCACCCCAUCACUUUUCCCCCAACAGCCAAAUGAAAUGUCAAUGCCUUCUCCUUGGUGGUCUUUUUCAAUGAUGUGAAAGAGUGCUGCACAUGCUUCUCCCCCAUGUCACUCUGGCUGUCCCGAUAGUCCCCCUCAGACACACACUGUGGGUGUUGUCUUUGUAUAACUCUAUUUGAGACUAGUUACAGAAGAUUAAAAACAUGAAAAAUCA